AUGCCCGACACCGAGGGCCCUGUGGACAGGACUCAGUCCCAACGACAGCGCAGAGGCGGAUACAAUGUUCGUCGCAGAGGGCGCGGCGGCAAUGCCCUUGCCCGCGUAGACGGCCCCGAUUCUGGCACCAGAAAUGUCGCAGCCCAGAACGACGUCCCACAACUCUCGUCGCAACCAUCGUCGCAACCCGAGUCACAGUUAUCAUCCUCGAGAGGGUCUCAGUCAACGGCGAAUGAAGCAGGCAGAAGGCCUCGAGGAAGAAACAAUCGCGGUGGACGACGACACAGGCCAGACGACAGCAAUCCUUCCCGUCGGGGCACACCCGGGCCAGCUACCUCUCGAGCAUUUGGCGGCCAUCUUACUGGGGCAGAUGUCGAGGAGCCGUCUGCGACUUCCUUGAGCGCCGAUGCGCCAGCAUUUGUCCCCGGUCGACCAGUUACCAGCAGGAGGCAUGUGCUGCUCCGUUGUCCUUGGCCUGUUCGGCCACCUCCGUGCUCAUCCUUGCUGACCCCGAUGAUGUAG